UUGCAAAUAUCUCAGCAACGUUGUGGUAAUAUUUAUUCUGUUGACGUCAUAUCGUCUUCGUCUUCGUCAGAGUUUUCAGGAGGAAUUGCGAACGUUUACGCUGGUCAACCGUUGGACACAGUAAAGGUGAAAGUUCAAACAUUUCCACACCUCUACAAAAACUGGGUGUUUUGUCUUAGGGAUACGUAUCGAUUGGAUGGUAUUAGAGGAUUGUAUGCCGGAACAGUGCCGGCUUUAGCGGCUAAUAUAUCGGAGAAUGCAGUUUUGUUUGCAGCCUAUGGAUAUUGUCAGAAGGCAAGUGAUGUGAAGACAAUGACUCCAGUCGAGAACGCCGCUUCUGGAUCUUUAGCGGCCGUCUUCGCGGCUAUCGUUCUGUGCCCGACGGAACUUGUAAAAUGUCGUCUACAAGCAGCUCGUGAAGUCGGCGUUCCUUGCACACCGUUCUCUGUAUGUAGGGAUAUGUGGCGGGAUAAAGGCAUUCGCGGAUUUUUCGUUGGAAUGACUCCAACCCUAGCAAGAGAGGUGCCUGGUUACUUCUUUUUCUUCGGGUCCUAUGAAACUUCGCGAUAUUUGUUUUCCAAAGAGGGCCAGCAUAAGGAUGAUAUUGGCUUGGUAAAGACAGCAAUAUCUGGAGCAGUGGGUGGUAUGUCAUUAUGGACGGCCACUUUUCCAUUUGAUUCCAUAAAAUCCCGAAUGCAGGUUACGGGUAAAGGGAGUUUUCUUCGGUUACUGAUUCAUGUUGCAAAAACAGAAGGUGUACGAUCGUUAUAUAAGGGUCUACUGCCGACUCUUGUUCGUACGAGCUUAGCAUCAGGAAGUCUUUUUGUAACAUACGAAGAGUCUAGGAAGCUAAUGAAAUCCUUUCUUUGA